CACAGUUCUUUCUCUGGGGAGUGGCUUCCAUUUGCACGCUCCCUACAUUUUCCUAGAAUUCCACCUUAAAACAAGCUGGAUGGACUUACUGCCAGUAUGUACGCGCCGAAAACUCCUGCUUAAAUGAUGACACACUGCAGCUGGAGCCUCCUCGGCCACAUCUGGGAGCCACAUGCUGGCGGCAGCCGCCCAAAGCCAUCAGCCCUGCCGGCGGAGAGGGACACUCCUUGCCAGAAGCCCAGGCAGCAUGGACCUCACUGUUCUGUGGCUGCUUCUGCCCCUGGUCACUGUGGCCUGGGGCCAGUAUGGCGACUACGGGUAUCCGUACCAGCAGUACCACGACUAUAGCGACGAUGGCUGGGUGAAUCUGAACCGGCAGGGCUUCAGCUACCAGUGUCCCCACGGGCAGGUGGUGGUGGCCGUGCGGAGCAUCUUCAGCAAGAAGGAAGGUUCGGACAGACAGUGGAACUACGCCUGCAUGCCCACGCCCCAGAGCCUCGGGGAGCCCACGGAGUGCUGGUGGGAGGAGAUCAACAGGGCUGGCAUGGAAUGUGCCUCAUCUUUUUCCUCUAACCUUUUAUUCCUGCCAUGUAGGCUGACAACAGAAUAUCCAGGGCACUAUGGUGAAGAAAUGGACAUGAUUUCCUACAACUACGACUACUACAUCCGGGGAGCAACGACCACUUUCUCUGCAGUGGAAAGGGAUCGCCAGUGGAAGUUCAUCAUGUGCCGGAUGACGGACUACGACUGUGACUUUGUGAGCGUGUAGGUCUGCCACGGACCCGUCUGGCCGAGGACCUCGGCUGCCCAACCCCCGGGCGGCUCCCUGAGCGCUCGGUAGCCGCAACACCAGCCCUCUAGGCCCCUCCAACUAGUGUCACGCCUCUAAUAAAAUCCACAAUAAACCACGCUUGUCACCCUCAA